CGAACCACUACACUCUGGAAUGCUCCCUCGCUAACGGUCGCGAGGGGCAUUCCCGUCCUUCUGCUGCCCCGCAAACCCCCAAAAUUUCAAAACCCCGCACUCGAGAGCGGGCGUCUCCAUUCCCCAUUCGAUCCCUCCUCGAUUCGAUCCAUCUUGCGCCGCCCCCGACGACGAGGACGCCCGCGGAGCCAUAGAACCAGCCAUGCGACGGGACGACGCCGGCGGCGGAACCGGGUUCCACGACUUGUUUGACUCGGUGCGUCGCUCCAUCUCCUUCCGGCCCACCGCCGCCGCCGCCGCCCCGGAAGCCCCCGCGGGCCCAUGCGGCGCGGGGGCCGGGGGGAUCGGCGUGCGGAUCAGCUCUUGCCUCCGGAAGUCGCGGGGGAUGGGGCUGCUAGGUCUCAUCACCAAAAGCCCCUCGCCGCCACGCCGUAUGCUGCCGCCUGUGCCCGACGAGUCGGGCGGUGGCAGCGGAGGAGGGAGUGGGGGCGAAGGCGGAGGUGGAGGUGGAGAGGAGAACCCGCCGAUCCGGUGGCGGAAGGGGGAGCUCAUCGGGGCCGGUGCGUUCGGGCAGGUCUACCUCGGGAUGAACCUGGACUCGGGCGAGCUCCUCGCUGUCAAACAGGUUUUGAUCGGCAGGAGCAACGCGACAAGGGAGAAGGCCCAAGCUCAUAUUAAAGAGCUUGAAGAAGAAGUGAAGCUGCUCAAGAACCUGUCUCACCCCAACAUCGUUAGGUAUCUUGGGACUGUUCGGGAGGAAGAUACGCUAAACAUUUUGCUGGAAUUUGUCCCUGGAGGGUCUAUUCAGUCACUUUUGGGGAAGCUCGGUUCAUUCCCAGAGCCUGUCAUUAAGAAAUACACUAAGCAAAUUUUGCAAGGAUUGGAGUAUCUGCAUAGCAAUGCAAUAAUACAUAGAGAUAUAAAGGGUGCAAACAUUCUUGUUGAUAAUAAAGGUUGCAUCAAGCUUGCUGAUUUUGGGGCAUCUAAGCAAGUGGCAAAGUUGGCUACUGUGACAGCAGCCAAAACAAUGAAAGGCACACCGUAUUGGAUGGCACCUGAAGUCAUUGUUGGGAGUGGGCAUAGCUUCUCUGCGGAUAUAUGGAGUGUAGGGUGCACAGUAAUUGAAAUGGCCACCGGCAAACCACCAUGGAGCCAGCAGUAUCAAGAGGUUGCUCUUCUAUUUCAUGUUGGAACCACAAAGUCGCAUCCACCUAUACCUGAACAUCUAUCACCAGAGGCCAAAGAUUUUCUGCUGAAGUGCCUGCAGAAGGAACCAGAGCUGAGGUCUACUGCACCGGACUUAUUAAGGCAUCCUUUUGUCACUGGAAAAUUGGAUGACCUGCAGCCACUCAAUCAUGCUGCAGACAAGGACUCUUGUAAUGAGAUUCCUGCAGAUGAUAUGCCAAAUGGCUUGGGUUUGAAUCAUUCUUCCAACUGGUCCACUAUGAACUCCAAUAAAUCAUCAAAAAUCAAGCCUUUAUGGGAGGGUAGCUGUGAUGAUGAUGUCAUGUGUGAGUUUGCUGACAAGGAUGACUAUGCAGCAGUUGGAUCUAGCUAUAAUCCUAUGUCAGAACCAUUUGAUGACUGGGAAAACAAGUUUGACAUAAGCCCAGAGCAAAAUUCUCAUCAACCAAUGGAAUUUGGUGAAUUGGCCAAACAUGCUGAAAGCAGCAUAACUGAGAAUGAUUUUACGUUCCCUGUUGAGGGAAGUUGCGAAGAUGAUGAUGUACUUACAGAGUCAAAAAUAAAGGCAUUUCUUGAGGAGAAGGCCCUUGACCUGAAAAAGCUACAAACACCUUUGUAUGAGGAGUUCUACAACACUGUGCAUGGAGGGAGCUGUCAGGGAGCUGAUCAAACUCCCAAGGGAAAACUCCCAAUUAGUCCAAAAUUGCCCCCUCGAGGAAAGUCACCUCCAAGUAAGACAUGUGGAGGUGCAUGCGAUACUUUGACUAACACAGCUCCCGAGAGCUGCAGCAAGCAAUUUCCAAGAAGUAGUGUGGUGGAGAGCAGCCGAAUUUUGAGAGAAAUUGCUUCUCCUCAACUCAAUGAGUUUGUGGAUAAACUCCAUCUUGAUGCCCAAGAUAGCCCAAGCAUCAGCUUCACCGAAAGGCAGAGGAAGUGGAAAGAAGAGCUGGACCAGGAACUUGAGCGGGAGAGAGUGAUGAGAUUAGCUGGCUGUGGUAAAACACCAUCUCCGAAUAGAGGUUCCAACGUGAAAAAGGAGUGUCAUGCUGACCAUUGAACAGACAGCAGCAUUCAUCAUCUCUUUAUUUCAUCCCACAGAAGACACAACAGCUGAAUAGUAACUACACAGUGCCAGAGAUUGGCGGCAACAGCAGUACAGCCUGCAGCGCCUUACCAUUCGCGGUAUUAGCCAAGCUAUGACUGCAGAACCAUCUUGUACAAGUGGCAAAUUUACGUUGAAGUGGACUGGUACAGGGGGCACUCAUCACGCUCAUAUCAGGAUCAUUGUCGCUGCUGCCUAGAGGCCGUCGUGGUGACAGUUUCCUGAUUUUAACUUUUAAGGCCACAUUUAUCAUUCUUUUUGAUGCAGUGCUGUAAGUCCGGCUUCGGUUAUAUAUGGUUUAUAUUGAGAAAAAAGUGUUGUAAAAAUUUUUGUGUUUGUAAGCCCAAGAUUGGCGUGGGGCUUGGUUUUGUAUGGAGCUUCUUUUGUGAAAGUGUGUAAUAAGAUAGCAAUGUGAGUUACGGGUCAUUCUGCAUUUCUGCUUGCUGAAUGAAUCUGAGCUUUUCGGAAGCUACAACUGAUCUUCUGCAGUUAAUAUUUGCCAUCAAAUCGCGAA